AGCAGCCGCCCGCGCGAGCGGCAGCAGGGAAGGGAAGCGGAGAACGCGGGCAGUUAUUUGUUCUUUCAGCUACUGCCUUCAGCAAGUUCGAGCUUUUUAUACAUUUCCAUUUCAACGAAUGAUGGCUGAAGCUCCUAAUAUGGCAGUGAUGGAUGAACAGCAAAUGCCUGCAGAAGUUCCAGCCGCAGCUCCUGCUCAGGAACCUGUACAAGAGACUCCAAAAGGAAGGAAAAGAAAACCCAGAACAACAGAACCAAAAAAACCAGUGGAACCCAAAAAGCCUGCUGAGGCCAAAAAAUCUGGCAAGUCCGCAAAAUCAAAAGAAAAGCAAGAAAAAAUUACAGACACGUUUAAAGUGAAAAGAAAAGUAGACCGUUUUAAUGGUAUUUCAGAAGCUGAACUUUUGACCAAGACUCUCCCGGACAUUUUGACAUUCAAUCUGGACAUUGUGAUUAUUGGCAUAAACCCAGGACUAAUGGCUGCUUACAAAGGGCAUCAUUACCCUGGACCUGGAAACCAUUUUUGGAAGUGUCUGUUUAUGUCAGGGCUGAGUGAGGUCCAGCUGAACCAUAUGGAUGAUCACACUUUACCAGGGAAGUAUGGUAUUGGAUUUACCAAUAUGGUGGAAAGGACAACACCGGGCAGCAAGGAUCUUUCCAGUAAAGAAUUUCGUGAAGGAGGACGUAUUCUAGUGGAGAAAUUACAGAAAUAUCAGCCACGAAUAGCAGUGUUUAAUGGAAAAUGUAUUUAUGAAAUUUUUAGUAAAGAAGUUUUUGGAGUAAAGGUUAAGAACUUAGAAUUUGGACUUCAACCCCAUAAGAUCCCAGACACAGAAACUCUCUGCUAUGUUAUGCCAUCAUCCAGUGCAAGAUGUGCCCAGUUUCCUCGAGCCCAGGACAAAGUUCAUUACUACAUUAAGCUGAAAGACUUAAGAGAUCAGUUGAAAGGCAUUGAACGAAACACAGAUGUUCAAGAGGUGCAAUAUACAUUUGACCUACAGAUGGCCCAAGAGGAUGCAAAGAAGAUGGCUGUUAAGGAAGAAAAAUAUGAUCCGGGUUAUGAAGCAGCGUAUGGUGGUGCUUAUAAUGAAAAUCCGUGCAAUAGUGAACCUUGCAGCUUUUCUUCAAAUGGGCUGACUGACAAUGGAGAAUCAACUUUCAAUGACAUUCCAAAUGGGCAAUGGAUGACCCAGUCAUUUACAGACCAGAUUCCUUCCUUUAAUAAUCACUGUGGGACACAGGAACAGGAAGAAGGAAACCGUGCCUAAGAAGGGUGUUUCUCAGCUCUGCUUAAAUCCUGCAGUUUUAAUGCAGCUCUCAAGAAGUGGCCCUCAGUGUGCUAACUGAAGUGUUUUAUUAGUAUUUUACUCUGGUGAUGUAAUCAUGGUACAGUUGUGUGGUGGAAUCAACUGUACAAACCUAAGUCAUUUGGAAGGAAAAACUAGGGUUUUUUGGUAUAUGAGUUUUUGUAGUUGAAUUAACCAUCAUUCCAGCUUUUUAUAAACUAUAUUUCAUUUAUGAAGAAAUUGAUUUUCUUUUGGGUGUCACUUUUAAUCUGUAAUUUUAAAAUGCAAGAGUCUGAAUAUUUAUACUUGAUUAUUAACUGCGCAUAAACCUAGAUAACACCAUUAUCCCUUUUAUGCCUAAGAAGGGCAUGUUAAUAAUAAGAAUUACCACUGGUAAAGAGGCAAAUGUGUUGAUUUUCGUACACAAGGUUAACCCUCAGUGGAGUCUCAUUUGGUAGUUGUUAGCGGGGUUUGAUGGGCUCCCCCAGUGGUAUUCACACGCAGACCUCUUUGCUUUACCAGUGGAGAGCGUUUCUGCGAGUUCUUAGUAGCAGAAGCGUAGAACGUGGUCCUGCAGUAGCAAGGCUAACCCGGCCUCACCCAACAGGGCACGGGGCCCUGGCUUUGGCCUUGCACCCCUGUGUGUUAAUCCUCUCGUAGGCAGAAACUAUUCUGCUAGGACAGUAAGUUCCAGAAAAUGCAGUAGACCUUUUAAAUUUUGUUACUUCAUCUGUGUUUUACUUGAGAGACAUGUAUUUGAUAGAGAAGGAACUGCGUUUCUCUCUCAAUAUCUAGCACCAUUCUAAUUUUAUCCCCCUUGGCUUUAUGUCAUGGAAAGUGAUGAGAAAUGAACUUUCAGGCUGAGGCAACUAGGUGCUGGAAGUGUUUGAUAAUCUUAUUUAAACUGGUGCUUUAUGUACAUGAGAUGUACUAAAAUACAUAAUGCAGAAUUUUUCUUACCAGGUAAAUCUAAUAAGCCAGUAAUUUAAAAUAUUCUUUCUCUGCAUCAUUGCUGUUUGUUACUGUGGACUAAGUGAACCUCAUGGCAAGGUUAGUUAGAAGUAUGUACCUUAGUGAUUUUCUAAUGCAUUUUCCAUGGUGCUACAAAGAGUCCAGACUACUAGGCCUGGUGGAUAUUAUUCGGAAAUGCCCUUUGCAUUUACUCCUGAUCACUUCUGAAUAUUCUGAUUUCAUAUAUACCCAGGGAGCAUGCUGGUUUUCAAUAUGAAAAUAUUUAUGAGGUUUUUUUUUUUUCUAAGAGGUUGUAUGGCUUGUUCUUCUCUUUAUAAUAAGAGAAACAAAUGCUUGUUGUGAAUCUUAACAUGCUUUUUAGCUGUGGCUAUGAUGGAUUUUAUUUUUCCUUUAGUCUAGGUCAAACUGUGUAAGCCAUUCAUGUUAUUUAAAUCAUGUACUGUACUGCUGUUUACAUGGAUGUUUUGUGCCGGUGCUUUGAAGUGCCUUGCAUCAGGGAUUAGGAGCAAUCGAAUUAUUUUUUUCAUGGGACUAUGUAAAGCAUGUAACUAGGUAUUGUUUUGGUAUAUAACAAUUGUAGCCUUAAAAUAGAUUUUUUUUUGAGUGGAGAAUAUACUCUUUAAAUUAUGAUGGACGCUCACUGAAAAAUGGGUUUGAGGAUUUUCCGAGCAUACAAUAUUGGUGUUUUUCAUUACAUAUAACAGAUGAGUAGUAAAUGUUGAUAUAUCCUCUACAUGACAAUAUGAGACUUUUUCAUCAAAUAAUAUUGAAAAAGUUUUUAAAUUCUUUUGAAAGUCUGAUGGUUUUUACAAUAAAAAAUAUUAAGAAUGAUUAUCCUUAAGUUGCAGGUUUUCCUGUAGCAAGA